AUAUAUGGGUUUAAAAAAUGUUCCACGAGAAAGAGAAGAAAAUUAUAAAACUAGCAGUGGAUCUUUUUGGCCACUACACAUCUCAUGUUUUAUUCAACUUUAGGACCUUCAUAGUAUUAGUAUAUAUGAUCGAAUAAAAAAAAAAUAUUCAGUUACUCAUCCCACGAGAUCACAUUGAAUUUCUAGUUGGUCAACCUGCACAUAUAUAUGAGUUUUAAUAAAUGUUCCCCGAGAACGUGUGAAAGAGGAGGAGUGGUUUGAGGAAAUGGAAGAGGCUCUGCUGCCAUUGAAUGAUGUGAUCAGCAAAAGGGUGGUGUUUAAAGAAGAGGUGAAAGAAGUUAGUCGCAUAGCAAUUCCUAUGAUAGUUGGGACGAUGUGCCAAUACCUGUUGCGCUAUGUACCAAUGGUUAUGUUGGGUCACUUAAGUGAACUCUCCCUCUCUAGUGCCUCUAUCGCCACAUCUUCUUGCACUGUUACUGGCUUUGCUAUUCUUUUUGGAAUGGCAAGUGGAUUGGAAACUUUAUGUGGACAGGCCUAUGGAGCAAGGCAGUUUCAAAAAGUUGGCACUAUUACAUAUGCUGCUGUCAUGUUUCUUUUAUUCUUUUGUUUGCCAAUAUCUCUUCUAUGGAUCUACACUGGAAAUUUGCUUUUAUGGAUUGGACUAGACCCAUCAAUCUCUGUUGAAGCUGGAAAAUAUUCAAUUUGGCUCAUACCAACUCUCUUUCCCUAUGCUAUUCUCCAGUCAUUGUUUUGCUAUUUCCAGGCUCAAAGCUUGAUCCUUCCAAUCUUAUGGACCUCAAUCGUCUCUCUACUUUUUAACAUACCUCUCAGUGGGGCUUUCAUAUUCAAAUUUAAUUUUGGGACCAUUGGUGCAGCUAUAUCAAUCGGUUUAUCAUAUUGGUUGAACGUCAUCUUGCUUGUGAUUUAUGUGAAGUAUUCGUCAACCUGUCAAAAGACACGUCCUUCUUUCUCUAAGGAUGUUUUCCUUGUUAUGCCGGAAUCCUUCCAAUUUGCUUUUCCAUCUGCUGGAAUGGUUGGAUUGAGAUGGUGGGCAGUUGAGAUAAUUACAUUACUCGGUGGAUUGUUGCCAAAUCCACAACUAGAGACUUCUGUUCUAUCUAUUUGCCUUACAACCUCUUCAAUACACUUCAACUUACCCUUUUCUUUCGGUGCUGCUGCAAGCAUUCGAAUUUCAAAUGAGUUAGGAGCUGGGAAUCCAAAAGCAGCAAGAAUUUCUAUAUAUGCAGUCUUCACUCUAGCAGCUGCAGUACAGGGAUAGGAAGAAGGAUCUCCACAUGGUGUUUAUUGAUCUGGAGAAAGCGUACGAUAGGGUUCCUAGGGAGGUCUUAUGGAGUUGCUUAGAGGAUAA